AUUUUAACCGCAGUAGUGAUUCUAGUCACAACAAUAUUUUGGUUAUACGUGCAGUAAUAUUUGAAAUAAAAUCAACAAAAAAAUUCAACGGUUGACAAAAAAUACAAAAUUUUAAAUAAAAAAAAAAUAAUGUUCACAAAUUAAAUUGAAAACAAGAAAUAAACAGACGAAUAAGAUGCAUUUAAAACUAUCAUUAUUAUUAUUUAUAUUCUGUCUACAAUUGUUAUUGGAAAGGUCGAUAGCUGAUGAUGUGACAAAAGAAUAUAUAGAUUUACUCGAUCUAACGGAUAAUGAUGAGUUCUACUGGAGUAGACAUGCAAACGGUGCUACUGAUGCCGAUCAUAGUAAUCAUAUUCCAAACAUUACACGUCAUAGUUUGAGCAAGAGACAAGCGCUUGCAGCCGGAGAACUGCAGGAAAAUCUUGCAUAUGGAGCAUGUCGUACUCCUGGCGGUGAGGAAGGUAAUUGUCGUCAUGUUAUUUACUGCCGUAUACCGGAAUUGAAGGAAGAUAUCUGGCGAUUGGUCUCACAUUUAUGUGUCAUAAAAGGAAGCACCAUUGGUGUUUGCUGUCCCACCCGUAUAUUAGGCCGUUUGGGUCCGCAAGUUAUCACUGAUGUCAAUAACAUCGAUUUGGAAGAACCACGUGUCCUCAAUCGUCCCGAACAGCGAGGUUGUGGUGUAACAACCAAACAAUUUCCACGAGUUAGCGGCGGACGUCCAGCCGAACCCGAUGAAUGGCCUUGGAUGGCGGCAUUCAUACGUCCGGGUUUACCUUAUAUUUGGUGUGGCGGUGUAUUGGUCACUGAUCGUCAUGUCUUAACGGCUGCCCAUUGUAUUCAUAGAAUCAAAAAAGAAGAAAUGUUUGUACGUUUGGGCGAAUACAAUACGCUGCUAUUGAAUGAAACUCGUGCCAGAGAUUUUCGUAUAGCAAAUAUGGUUACCCAUAUUGAUUACGAUCCGUUGACGUUUGAAAACGAUAUUGGUUUGGUGAGAGUGGAGAGGCCAACGCUAUUCAAUACUUACAUAUGGCCGGUGUGUAUGCCACCUAUUGGUGAAACGUGGGAGGGUAAAAUGGCCAUAGUAACGGGUUGGGGUAGUCAGAGAUUUGGUGGACCGCAUUCGGACAUCUUAAUGGAGGUCAACUUACCCGUUUGGAAAAUUGAUGACUGUCGCGAUGUUAUUGUGGAACGUGUACCCGAAACAAUGUUAUGUGCUGGUUAUCCCGAAGGUGGACAAGAUUCCUGCCAAGGCGACAGUGGUGGCCCACUCUUACUGCAGUUACCCAACAGGCGUUGGGUUACAAUUGGCGUUGUUUCGUGGGGCAUACGUUGUGGUGAACCCAAUCGUCCGGGAAUGUACACACGUGUUGAUCGAUACCUGCACUGGAUUAUUGAAAAUUCUGAUAUUUAAGAAAAAUACUACAAAUUGCUUUAUGUUUAUUAUUGUUGUUUUUUAUAAUCGGCAUUUAAACUCAGUUAUAGUAUUUGUUUACAUAAAAUUGUAAAAUAAAAAUAAAUCAUUUUAUAUGUUGUAGUAAAUAACAGUGUUACAAAAAAA